CUGAUUCCAGUAUCCGAAAGCCCAUGCGGGAAGCGACAAAUGAGAACAUUGAUGACUUCAAUAACCAUAGGAUAGUCAUUGAUGUGAUCGGGCCUGCGAUUGAAGACGAGAUGGAUGCCGACAAGCCGCAGAAGAUUACUGAUGAAAAGAUGAAGGAGUUCAAAAGCACUUACCGCUCUAUGGCCCAAAAUGCCAAAUGGGUGUUGAGCACAGGGAAAGUCGUCGAAGAUGAGCUAUUCUUAUUCGGGAAAAGACGUAGAUUUGAGCA